AACGGAUAAGACUGUCUCCUCGUCGCACUCUUCACCAAGCAUAUUCACCUAAUUCAUCCCGGAUUGCUUCCACUUUUCUUUCCCAUCUACCUACUUUUGACAUGCUCACCGCCGAGCUUCCUUUUAUCUAGCUGAAUAGACCUCAAUUUGACCUAACCAGAUAAUGACUUCAGAGUUGGGCUCUGUCUCCGUAACCACGCCCAGAUCCCGGCCCCGUGCUGCAACAGCAGUGCAACCAGUUCCCACCUUUUCCUCACCACUUUCUUCCCGACGCUCCUCACAAGCUAUGACAUCUCUUGCAUUGUCCCCGAUUCUCAAUCCCUCCGCCGCCAGUAUGAUGCCAAGCGCCGGUGAUCAGGAAACCUCACAGGCAGCUGCAGUAUCUGGUCCGCUGCGUCAUCCAAAGCCACUUACCCCAUCUGAUAUCCAUUCGAUGCUGGAACAGGAGCAAGAAGCUAUGGUCAACCGCUUAUCGAGAGAACUAUCCCUUCUUCGCCAGCAGACAGCAUCGGUCGCAUCUACAACAUCUUCUACAUCAACUACGUUGAACGAUCCUAUGGAUUCCCUUCACAAUUCCCAAUAUUCCAUCAAUCCCACGGUUCCGACGACCUCGCGAAGACAUCGCUCCUCUUCCAGCCUAAGUUCUUCAUAUAUCCCAGCUGUUCAAGGGUCACGAACAGGAAGUGGGUUUGGAAUCGCACCGUCAAGAGAGACGCAGCUACCACAGACACGUACUGACUCAGCGCGCUCCGGAAGGAGUCGAGAGCCAUCGCUCACUUCUCGACAAUCUGACACAGCAUCGUCGCAGCUUCACAUUCCGGCAUCCGAUCAGCUUUCACCCUCUCUCGGAAGUUAUCCUCAUCGCAAUUCGCUGCCUCAGCAGAGAAGUCCUGUUAUUCCACCAUCUCGUCAUGAAGAGCUUCAUGCCCAGCGAGAAGAAGUAGACUUGCUGAAGCGAGAGAACGAGACACUGCGUCGCCGCGUACAGGAACUGGAACAUAUUUUACGAAAUUGUCGAGAACAGGAGCGUGCUAAAGCAGACCAAUCAAGCCAAGGUGCAGUGCGUAUCGAUGGAGCAGAGGAAAAAGCGGGACCAGAUAUUGUUGAAGACUGAAAACCGAAGCAAAGCGCUGAGUUGAAUUGCUAGGAACAAAGGUUUUUUCGUUGGUCGGGCGAGGUGCUAGAUCAUGAAAGUGAUCUGCUAGACUGCUGUUCUCGAGGCGUACGAAGUUUUCGGUGCCUGGAUUUCCAGAUUCUUCCCCCCUUUUCCAUCUGUUUGGUGUACUCGUAGGUUGGUGCCGGAAGUGGCUAUCACUAAUACGAGAAUGCUACUGCCUGACGGGUCACUGUUU